AUGUCCAUCCUCCUUGCUCUUUUCUGCCUCGGGCUGAGUCUGGGCCAGGAAACACUCGAGCAGAAUGGGACCCUCCCCAGACCCACCAUCUGGGCUGAGCCAGGGCCGGUGGUCCCUUCAGAAAGCUCUGUCACCAUCUGGUGUCAGGGGUCCCUGGAGGCUCAGGAGUACUGUCUGUGGAACAAAGAUAUGGAUAUAUUCUGGAACAGACAGAAACCAGUGGCGACGACGGACAAGGCCAACUUCUCCAUGGAAGACCCCUAUGCAGGGAGAUAUUAUUGUAAAUACCGCAGCCCCACUGGCUGGUCAGAGCUCAGUGACUCCUUGGAGCUGGUGCUGACAGGAUUCUAUGGCAAACCCAGCCUCUCAGCCCUGCCCAGCCCUGUCGUGACCUCAGGAGGAAACGUGACCCUCCAGUGUGCCUCACUGGAAGGAGUGGACAGGUUUGCUCUGAUUAAGGAAGGGGAAAGCGAGCACUCCUGGACCCUGGACUCACAGCCUGACCCCAGUGGGCAGUCCCAGGUCCUGUUUCUUGUGGGCCCCUUGACCCCCAGCCACAGGUGGACGUUCAGAUGCUAUGGAUAUUUUAGGAAGCACCCCGUGGAGUGGUCUCACCCCAGUGACCGCCUGGAGCUCCUGGUCUCAGGUGAAGCCGACCUCAGCCCAUCAGAAAAGAAGUCCAACCCUAAGACUGGGGAGUAG